AAAACCCACGCCAUAUUAGCUGCAGCAUUCACAGAGGAGCCGGUGUCCACAACGAAAUAGACAAUGGAAAUCGUUUACGCUGUCGUUUUUGUGAUCUUUGCUGCAACUGUGGGGACAGUGUAUAGUAAAGAUGUCUUGAUGGAUUGUUAUGAGUGCAAUGUGCACCUGUGCAGCCGUAACCAGAGCGGCGUGCCAGAAAAGCAGCAGCGAGUGCAUGAAGAGUGUCAGAAGUACCAUGAAAUCCAGGCCAUGACAAACUUGACUGCACGCAGCACAGCCAUGGAUGAGUUGAACAAGAUGCACAACACGUGUGAACCAGUGCGCAGGAAUAACUGUAAGGCUUGCAUCAAGGUGGACACAACCGUCAUCAUGAGGGGCCAUCAUGGAACCUCGAUGACUUCCAGAGUGAUUUCUAAAGUCUGUGCCCAAGAGAAACCAGAAAUCGAUGAUGACAGCUGUAAAGAGAGAGGACCAAAGUAUGCCAAGAGUAUUCUUUGUGUAUGUUAUGGAGACAAUUGUAACACUGCAUCUGCUCUCACCUUUAAUUUUGUUACUGUUAUAUUUCUUCUUAUAGCUAAACUACUGUCAUUUUAAAUUGUCAGGGACAGAUAACUCUGUAGAGUAAAAUGUCACAAAAAUAAAUAGAUAGUCUCACACUGCAUUUACGAGUGAAAUUAGUGAUGCGUUUUCUAGGCUACUGGUCACAUGAACACAGAGACCCACAUUCAGCAGAAAUUUUACAAUCAGUGGACUACUCAGUGGACAAUGACUGGUCAGAUGGUCAAAUACAGGUCAUGUUUAGAUUUUCAUUGUUUAAAUCUGAAGGCAGUUUUGAAGAAAAAUUAAUAUUUUUAGAGGAUGACAGUGACUAAGCUUGGUAUAUAAUUCCAGUUUUAUGAGAAAUGUGCACAGAAAUGUUUCUCACUUGAAUCAUAAAGUUAAGCUAAAUGUAAUUUAUAACAUAAGCCAUCCCUACCAGAGGUCUGUUUUGUGCAAUGUAUUUUUUUGAUAUCCCUUUUUUUAAUGUCUUAUUCAUGUUGAGAUUUCUACACUCAUAGACCGGUAACUUUAACAGUGCAUUUAUUUUCUUUCGGACAAUUUACAGUGUUUCUGAGAAACAUCAUGAUAUGUUGUAGAAAGCAGUGAGUACUGCACAUUUGCUCAUGACUGAUUUUAUUUUACUUUGAAAUCCACUUUUAUGUUAAUUCUUAUUUGAUAUACAUGUAUGUUAUGUUUUAUCUACCUUCCCAUUUGGCAUGAGGUUGCAAUAGCCUCAGCUUUUUACAGCCAUUUUUUUCUUUUGCACGCUCUUUAUUUGUACAUUGUUAUGUCCUUUGAUGCAGUGUUUGUUUUACAUUUUCUGUAUUGUUUGAAAAGUAUUUCUCUCAGAAUCAUGUGAUCUGAUGUUCAUAGCUAUCCAGUUUGAAUUUGUAUUUAGAUCAUAAUUUAUCUAUUAUGAACCCCAAAUAAUGGAUUCUAUUUGACUGGUCAAAAAACAACUUGCAGUUGUAUUUAUUUUUACCUUGUACCACAAUGUAUAAAUUGUACACCGUCAUUUUUUACAAUGACCUCAGAAUUUGUAAGGGUUUUGGACGACAUUCCUCAGAUUGUUUGCGCUCUGUGUUUUCAAUUGACGUCACAAUAUACAUGUAUUUAUAAAUAAUUCAGUGAGCUAGGAGAAGUAAAGAUUAUUUUACAGUGAUAUUAGUAGCAUCAUUCCACCACGUGUUAAGGAAGUAAAGGAACCAGGAAGACCCUUUCACAGUGACCUUUGACUUCUGUCAAAAUUUAGCACUCCAGUACAGUAGAAAGUUUAUGGGCCAGGCUGAUCCAGUUGUGAGUUGAAAUAUAUUUUGUGUUCCCAAUGUCAACACCUAGGAUCCAAAAUAAAUGUUUCCAUCAAAUUUCAGAUUUUGAUACAAGUCACAACUUGUUUUAUGGAAUUACCUGUCCUGUACAGAUAGGCAGGUUUUUAUGGUAAACCUGUAACAUUGACCAACCCAGUGUAGCCACAGGCAUCUUAACCACCAGGGGCACCGUAGUAUUUCUGUCAGCCCACUGUUUGUUCGGCGAUAAAUCUCAAUACAGACUGGCUUUUAAUCCAGUAGCUUAUGAAGUCCAUGAUUAAUUGUUGUGAAGAUAAUAUUAGGUGUAGUCUGUUGUGACAAGUGGUUCUAUUUGUCUAUGCAAACAGAAUGGAAGCUGGUGGGCCAAGUCCAUGUUAGCCAGAGGUUAGGUUAUGGUACGUACUUGGUUUGGAGGCAGAUAUGCUCUACCUGUGGUUAUGGGUGAUCAGGUUAACCACUGGCAGGGGAUGGUGUGUAGCUAUGACAAGUGACAGCACAGUGUAUAGAUUUUCUGAAUGGUUGAUAUUAGGAUGAUCUCUGUGAAAACAUUACCAGGUACAUAUGUGUUUUUAAAUGUGAUGAUUUUAAAGGCUGGGUUUAAAAUGUUAUGUAUUAUUUAACAAUGCACUAAUACCUAAUGGAACACCACUUUGUGUAGUGCCAUGGAAUGUCACUUUGUGCAGUGUCAUAAAACACCACUUUGUGUGCAUUGUAGUCUCAUGGAACAGCAAUUUGUGUAGUGACAUGAAACACCACUUUGUGUCCAUGUAGUGCCAUGGAACAUCGUUUUGUGUACAUGCAGUGUCCUGGAACAGCAGUUUGUGUAGUGUCCUGGAACAGCGCUCUGUGCAGUGCCAUGUAUAGCACAUAUAAAAAGUUUGUGUCAUGAAGUUUUCAUUUGUAUUGUAGAAUUGUGUGUAGUUUCAUGGUUUAAAGUGUAAAGGCUUAAACUUGGGUCACUUAUUGUAGAAAUGUGCAGUAGUUGAUGACUUUACAUGUGUACAGCCAUAUGGGGACCAAGAAUCACUAACUCCAGAGACUGUGCAUAACCCAGACUUUGUGUGAUAAUAGUCAGUGUGUUUGUCCUAUUUUACACUGUAUACACAUUUAGAGUUGUAACCAAAUAAAUGUAAAUAAA